AUGUUCUUGGAGACAUUAUUUGAUAAUUCAUUCGCUGAUAUAUUUGACACUAAAUUAAAUCGAUGGGAAAUAAAUGUAAAUAUCGAGAAACCCUUCGUGACAUUUUUUAAAGAUUGGGUAUCAGAUGAAAGAACCGGUAAAGCCUACUCAUUUAGUUCAAUUGCAGGUGGCGUAGCAAUAUUUGAUACGAUUAAUUUGAAAUGGAUAAAUAGCACUUCAAAUCCACAAGAAUUUUUUACAAAUAAAUUUAAUCUUUACACUGAAUUUGCGCAAGUAAUGUUGUCAGAUGGUAGAAUUUUGUAUGUUGGUGGAACUGUUGAUAAAGUAAAACAGUCAAUGAGUAGGAUAUUAACUUAUGAUAGCGUAACUGAUACAUGGACAAUGAUGAUUACGGCAGGUAAUGCACCUGAAGGACGUAUCAAGCAUACAGUUGUUUCAACUUCAGAUGGACGUGUCAUAUUAUACGGUGGAAUAUCGAAUUCCGUGCCAGCCUUACCACAAUUGGCAACAUUGGAUACCUCAAAAACACCAUAUGAGUGGUCAACACCUGCAGAAGAGAAUAAUAUUGGAUCUUUUAGCGAACAUACAGCGAUCAUGGUUAACAAUUACAUGAUUUUCGCAUUUGGUAAAAAUGAAUCGGAAAAAGACCCUUCGAAAGAUCAUAAUAAGGAGAUCUAUAAAUUAGAUGUAUCAGAUCCAUUAAAGUAUAAAUGGUCGUUAUUGUCCAACUUUGACGAUUCAAAAAAAAUAGAACCAACUACUACAUUUUCUAACUCUUCUAACGCCAUUCAAACGGAUGUAUCUGUUGGCGGAAGCUCCAUAUUUAAGAACAUUGGAUUGAAACCACGUUGGGUUGUUUUGAUCGCAGUUAUAAUAAUAGGUUUAAUUUGUAUAACAAUACUCGUUGUUUAUAAAGUAAAGGAAUAUAAAGGGAAAAACCGGAAGAAUUAUCAACAAAAGAUAUCAAAUAACGAAGAAUUAUUAGUUUAA